UAGAUACGUAAAUACAAAAUCGAAAGCGCAAAAUAGAAAACAAUUGAUAUCGAGAGCAAGGCACGAAACAUUGGCAUUUCAGUUUGAUAUUGUCGACGCCAUACUUCAUUAUUUGACUUUCACGUGGAAAAUAACUUUAUAUAAUCACGAAGGAAAAUAAGCAAAGAAAAUAGGACAGAAAUGGGGAUCCCAGAUAUACGUCAGCUGAUCACAGUGGAAUUCGAGGUCUAUGGACAUGUGCAAGGUUUAAAUUUCACCAAAGACACUCGUGAUCGUUGCAGCAAAGCCGGAAUCACAGGUUGGGUCAAAAACAGCAAGCGAGGAACAAUAGUCGGGAAAAUGCAGGGACCUAAAGAUGAAGUAGACAAAAUGAUUGCUUGGCUGUCCAGUGAAGGGUCGCCAGGCUGUCAGAUUGAGCGAUGCGAGCUGCAUAAUCAAAGCAAUUUAAAUCGCCUGGAUUAUAAGGAAUUUGCAAUUCGGUUUUAGAGUUUUUACAAUUAUGCAAGCAAUCUGUAGUUAUUCUGUUUGUUGUAUGCGUUUUUUAUAUAGGUUUGUAAAUACAUAAUUCAUAAUCUUUGACUCUAAUUUAAAAUUCACGUGACAAAUUCAAUAUCAACUAAAAUUAUCUAAAAUCUAGAUGGCCUCUGUCUGAUUCAAGAUGAUUUUGAACUUUAGCAGUGAAUGCCAUCGUGCUGAAGAUUUUCUUAGAGAUUGUAUUUAACUAGAAAUCAUUAAUUGAAACAUACAUAUACAUUAGAGAAAUAGCCUCUCCUGAGCAGUAGUACCUUUUAUGCAUUAUAUAUCUUAAAUUGCAAA